AUGGUCUGUACUUCUUCUCCUUGGUUUAUGCUGAAUUUUAAUGGUGAAGACCAUGGAUAUUUUGAAGGAAAAAGGGGGUUAAGGCAAGGAGAUCCUUUAUCUCCCUACUUAUUCACGUUGGUUAUGGAGGUUUUUAAUCUAAUUCUGGUGAAGAAAAUUGAAGACAGCCAAAGUUUCAAAUUUCACUGCAAGUGUGAAUCUCAGAGGAUCACUCACUUAUGUUUUGCAGAUGACUUGUUGGUGUUUUCUUUUGGUAAUGGUAAUUCUGCUAGAGUGAUAAAAGUUGCCCUUGAUGAUUUUAAUUCUGUUUCUGGUUUGAAAGCGAGCAUGGAAAAAAGCCAAAUUUAUUUUAGUUGUGUGAAGCCUAACAUGAGAAGGAUUAUUUUGGGAAUUUUACCUUUUGACAUUGGUAAAAUUCCUUUCAAAUACCUUGGGAUUCCCAUGUGUGUGAAUAUGCUUUUCAAAAGAGAUUGUUUAUCUCUUGUUGAUAAGAUUAACUUGAGAGUGUGUAAUUGGAAAAACAAGAUGCUUUCUUUUGCUGGAAGGUUACAGCUCAUAAAUUCUGUUUUGACUUCUAUUCAUGUGUAUUGGGCUUCAAUUUUCAAAAUCCCUAUAGCUACUAUUAGGGAGAUUGAAAUGAUUUGUAGAAAUUUCCUGUGGGCUAAUGGAGAAGUGGUUAGAGGGAAAGCUAAAGUUAAAUGGAGUGAUGUUUGUAAGCCCAAAAUAAAUGGGGGGCUGGGAAUUAAGGAUUUAAGAUUCUGGAAUGAUGCUUUAUUAGUCAAACACAUUUGGAAUCUGAUUAUUAACAAGAAGUCUGUGUGGGUUCAGUGGGUGAGAGAAAACUACAUUGGUGAAAGAAAUUUCUGGGAUAUUUGGCAGAAGAAAAGUAUGAAUUGGACUUGGAAAAGAUUUUUGGAAUUGAGAAAAACUGUUAGACAUCAUAUUGUUUCAUGUAUUGGUAAUGGUAGAAAUACUUCUUUAUGGCAUGAUUGGUGGCAUCCAAUUGGAAUUUUAAGUACAAUUAUAUCUAGGAGGGAUUGGAUUAGAAAUGGAUUUAGUGAUAAUUCUUUAGUCAGUGAUGUUUUGACUAAUGAUACUUAUAGAUGGCCUGUUAAUUGGGUAAUUAAUUUUCCUGGUCUAAAAGAUGCUCCCAUGUUUUGUAAUAUUGGUAAUCAUAGGGAUAUUACUGUUUGGAGGGAUAUGAAUGGUGUGAAUAAAAGAUUUUCUUGCAAGCAAGUUUGGAGAGAUAUCAAUAAUUUUGGAAGCAAAGUCGGUUGGGUUAACUGUGUUUGGUAUAGUAAUUGUAUUCCCAAGAAUGCCUUUAUUUUAUGGCUCGCUGUGCUGAAUCGUCUGAAAACUCAAGAUCGAGUUAAAUGCUGGGAGAAAUCAGGUUCAUUACUAUGUCCUUUCUGUUUAAAAAUUCCUGAUUCUCAUGAUCAUCUCUUCUUUCAAUGUGAUUUCUCGCAUAUUAUCUGGAAACAUUGUUGUUCUAAGGCUGGAAUUGACAUUUCUUAUUCUAAUUGGAAUGAUCUAGUUCUUAAAUUGUCUUCAGUCUUAAAUUCGAGAUCUGUUGAGAUUUUGAUCAAAAAAUGGGUGUUUGCUAGUUGUGUUUCUCACAUUUGGAAAGAAAGAAAUUCGAGAAUUUCUAGUAAUAUGAGAAAAUCGAAUGAAGGAGUUAUUUUGUGUAUUGAGAAUGAAAUUCAAUUGAAGUUAUUAGGGUUGAGGAAGAUGAAUGUUAUGGUCAGCAGGGAGAUUUUACAGAUCUGGGGAUUAGCUGUUGUGAUUCUGAAAGGAGUUAUGAAGCUGUUUAUGAAGCUGUUUGUCGUGCGUUUUGAUAGUGGGAAUGUUUAUAAUAGGAAGCCCAUUAUGAUGAGUCACCUUUGGAUGAUGAAGGAUAAAAGAGAGAACAAUAAAGGAGGGAUACAAGGGCUGAAAGAUGGAUGUUUGGGUUUGAACAUUUAUGGGGUUGUUUUUUAA